GCUGUUUUGACUCAGGUGGCAGCAACAAACAGUCGGCUCUCUUCCCGUUCAACCGAGAUUCUGACUCCCUUCCUGCCUAUUCUCACUAACUAAACUAAAGUAGCAAUUACUUCACACGGUUCACAGUUAUCUAAAGGAAAUUAAGAGGAAGUCUGUUUGAGUGCAUAACAAAUUUAUAGAUAUCAAUAUUUUUUCGUGAGAGGACCGACGGACCUUGCACCUUGAUUCUUAUGAUGGAAAGACGAUCUCGAGAGGUGAAGAGGGAACGUGUGAGUGCGGAGAGAUCGCGGUCGCGGUCUUCUCGAGGUCGUGACCGGUCAGGCGACCGCCCGGCUGGAGCUAGAUUAGCGGACAAGCGGGUUUAUAUUUCCAACAUUCCCUACGACUCGAGGUGGCAGGACAUUAAAGACUUGUUUCGAAAAGAGGUUGGCGAAGUCGCGUUUGUGGAAUUGUUUAGUGACGAAACAGACAAGCCACGGGGAUGUGGAAUCAUUGAAUUUGAAAAUCCACCCUCGGCCAAAAAAGCUAUCGAUAAGAUGCACCGAUUUGAACUAGGUGGAAGAAAAAUUGUUGUAAAAGAAGAUUACGAUGUUGAGAGGGACAAGUCUGGACGUAUUGUUACAGGAACACAACAACAAGGUGGUAAACGGGAUGAGAAUCGAGCUGGCGGCGGAGGAGGAAGGGAGCGUUCCAGGGAACGUGACCGUGGUGGUGAGCGAGGUGAAUGGGAUCGUUCGAAUGCUCUAGCCAACCAGGCUGGUGGUGGCAACUGGAAAUAUGGCAAUACUUAUGGACUGAGUGGGCAGUUUUUGGAAUCCUUAGGAAUUGAGGGACCACUAAUUUCUCGGGUGUUCGUCAGCAAUUUGGAUUUUCGAGUCGAUGAGAAAAAACUCAAAGAAGUCUUCCGUUUGGCUGGAAGAGUUUUAGAUGUUGAGUUGAAUAAGGACAAGGAUGGUAAAAGUCGUGGUCAUUGCGUCAUCGAGUUUGAACAUCCCGUGGAAGCUGUACAAGCUAUCUCUAUGUUGAAUAAUCAGCAACUGUAUGAGCGACGGAUCCAUGUAAAAAUGGACAGACUUGCAGACCCGCUUUCCGAUUUGGCCAAGAAUAAGUUACCAGAAGGACUAAAAGGCAUUGGAAUGGGACUGGGAAUGAAUGGUCAACCUUUGGUGGAUGUUGCAAUAAGCGUGGCAAAAAAUGCAGUCAGCAGUACUUCAGGAGUUGGUAACAAUGGAACACUCGGAGUAGCCACCAACUUAUCCACCCCAAUUGUAGCAGCUAUGAAUAUGAAUCCUACGAUGGGAAGCCUGGCCUCAUUAAUGGCAAAUCAGACAUCCAUGGAUAUGUCGAACAACGCUGCUGCCGCCGCCGCUUUAUCGAAUGCCUUUGGAGUUGCUGCUGGAAUUGGGCCAAUGGGGGCUAUGAAUGCCGUACAGAACCAAUUUGCUAAUGCUAGCAAUGCAGGAAACAUUGCAGCUGCACUACAAAAUUCUGGUGUAGGGAUGGGAAGCAUUCAAAGUUCUCAAGGUGGCACAAUGGGUAUGAUGGGAGGUGGAGCAAGUGGCAUGUCUGGGGCUAAUAUUGGGACCGCAGCUGGGUCACAAGCUCAACCUUCACCAUUUCAAACGAAUCAAGGUGGCGUACAAAAUGCUAAUCCUGGUUACGAAUAUGGCUACCCGACUUCCGUCUAUUCGACCCCUAGUACGAAUUAUAAUACUGCUUACCAACGAGAAAAACAACAGUUUAACAAUGGAACUUCAGGAAGUGCUGGGGGUGGUGGAGGUGGAAAUAGCGGCACUCCGUCUAAUACUGUAAUAGUUGCAAACUUGCCUCCAUCCUGUACUUGGCAAAUGCUGAAAACUAAAUUCAGGGAAUGCGGAGAAGUUGUUUUUGCUGAAAUGCGUGAUAAAAACACUGGAAUCGUACGAUUCGCACAAGAACGAGAUGCUGAGCGAGCCGUCAAAGUUUUUGAUCAAUCUCGUGUGGACGGUCGUAUUGUGGAAGUUCGAUUCCUGUAGAGUGUGAAAAGGAUUCCAAGGGUAUGAUGUUCUUCCUCACACCUUCGUCGGCGGCGGUCCGUUCCUUACAUCUCUAAAUUUUUUGUGUAACAUUUAUCAGAUUCCUCCUCCAACGUAAUUCUACUACUUCAAAUUAGAGUUUUUUUUUAUAUUUAAUUUGUAAAUAUUUAAAUUGAUACGUUUAAACGUAUUCACUUGAUUGCUCUAUAUGCAGGAAAGGUUUAGCUUAUAGUUUAGCUUGUACUGUAGGGGCUGAACAAGGGAUUUAUAGGCUUGUUAAAAACACUUAUUACACGUCACACGUUCGUUAUGUCUCUAGUACUUUUGAUAAUUCGUAAAUUAAUGGAUAUUAUGUUUUUAAAUCUGAAGUUGUUUCUACAAUUCUUGUUGAGAUGGUUGAUUCAUUUUGGUUUUACAAUAAAGAUUAAAUGCUCAUAGCUCUAAACA